AUGUGACAUUUGAUCCGCGCUUUAGGAACUGCUAACAAACAUUGGAUGACCUGAAGACCAGUCAAACCAUUGAAAAUGUUGAUCAAAGAAUACCGGAUCCCACUUCCACUGUCGGUCGAAGAGUACAAAGUGGCCCAACUCUAUAUGAUUGCCAAAAAAAGCAAAGAAGAAUCGCAGGGAACCGGUAGUGGUGUUGAGAUUAUAGUUAACGAGCCGUAUGAUAACGGACCCGGAGGUUCCGGUCAAUACACAUCUAAAAUAUAUCACGUGGGAUAUCAUUUGCCGGGAUGGCUAAAAGCAUUAUUACCGAAAUCAGUACAAACCGUUGGAGAGGAGGCCUGGAAUGCCUAUCCGUAUACCAAAACCCGUUAUACAUGUCCUUUCGUUGAAAAGUUUUUUAUAGAAAUUGAAACGAAAUAUUUUGAUGAUUGCGGGGAACGAGAGAAUGUGUUUGAACUGAACAACUCUGAGCUCAGAUCCCGAAUCGUCGAUGUUAUCGACAUCGUUAAGGAUCAGCUCUACUCAUCAGACUAUAAGAAAGAAGAGGAUCCCAAGUAUUACGUGUCGGAGAAGACAAAGCGCGGACCUCUCGGUGAGAAUUGGGUGGAAGAGCACUGGAACUCAAUGAACAACAAUCAUAAUAAAUCGAAAAACAAGUGCAUUAUGUGCGCCUAUAAGUUGGUUAGAGUCGAGUUUAAAUACUGGGGAAUGCAGACCAAGAUUGAAAAAUUCAUACAUGAAGGAGCAUUGCGUAAGAUAAUGGUUCGGGCGCAUAAGCAGGCCUGGACCUGGCAGGACGAGUGGGUCGGACUCACGAUGGCUGACAUCAGACAGAUUGAAAAGGAGACACAGGAGUACUUGAAGUCUCGUAUGGCAGCUAAUACUGACAAUUCCAGUGCCAGUGAAUCCAUUGAUGGACAACAAAAUUUGAAUACAAGCCCUUCGGGGCAAGAGAUUGAUCUGAAUGUGAUCGACAAGGAUAACGACACUUAUGUGGAUAUCAGUUCAAUGGAAGUGCCAAAGAGUAAAAACUCGUCAUCUCAUCCAUCCAUUUCGUCAAAGCAGUCGAUAUCUAGAGAUCAGGAAGUGUUAGGAGACGGCCGACGAAAGCUGUGGUCGAGGAGUAACUCUAAAGCCGGACUUCCCUCUCCCGGUGAGUGUGUUUGCAGUAAUUGA